GCUCUGAAUUUUGUUUCUGUUUUUUUCUGCUGCUUCUCCGCUCCUCCUGAUUCACUCAGCUGAGGCUGGUUGAACCUUGCUGUAAAAAAGUGGCUACACUUAUGAGCGCAGGAGCUGCUGGGCGCUCGUGUCGCUUGUCCGCUAGUGCUGUUGUCUCCUGACUGCGCCUGUCUGAGCUCCACACAUGCCGACUCUCGCUCCAGACUCGGGUCAGACCAGUCUCAUGGACAUCUGUGAGGUGAUAAUGGAGAGGAACAGGAAGGACAGUGAGAAGUCCUGCUCCACCACACUGCAGUACCAUGACCUUGAGGCUGCUGAGGCACUGGUGUGCAUGAGCUCUUGGGUCCAGAGGUCACCCAAACCGCGCCCGCUGACACCCACCUCCGACUCCUGUGACUCGCUCAGUCUGCACCAUGAAAUCCCCCUGGAAUCCCCGAAAGACCUGGUGUCCCUCUCUUCACUAUGCAUGACCCCACCACACAGCCCCAGCUUUGCUGAGACUGCUACAACUUCUGCCAUCAUCACCACCAUGACUCCUCUGGCUGGGUUGGGUCUCAAACCGAGUGUCUCACAGCCCAGAAUGUGUCCCGUACUGACCAACGUGGUUGCAAGCCAUGGCAGCACCACAUUCCUACCAAACACUCUUCCACCACCACCACCACCACUACCCUCUGAGCCACCUUGCAGGGCCAUGGCCACCAGUGUCAUACGGCACACUGCAGACACAUCUUUAGAUCACCACAUUCCAUCCCCUUCCACAGUACAGGAGAGGCCAGGACCCUCAGAGAGUCCUGUCCAACAAAGUGAUUCCAAUACCCAGGUUGCCAUACUGACUGAAACACAGGUAUGCAGUAGUCCAUGUACUACAGCAGAAGGGGAACAAACUGUCCCCUCACCCAGUUCCUCAAACCCUGUUUCACAGUCCUCCCACUCCAUGCCUACAGCCCCAAUAGCCAGCCCUCCAGUUCUCUGCCAGGUGUUUCCCGUGAAUGGGCAGACUGGCAUCAUCUCCGCAAUCGUUCAGACACACGUUCAGAUGCAGGCCACUGGGCAAAAGCCCAUUCUCCCACAGUCACCCUCUUUUUCUCAGCCUCUUCUUGUGGGGUCUCCAGUGGCUCAAGGGACCGUGAUGUUUGUGGUCCCCCAGUCUCAGGCCCCUCCAUGCCAACAAAAUGUUGUGACUGUUGGCAGCACCAAACUCCUGCCCCUGGCCCCUGCCCCGGUUUACAUGCCCCCAGGUCAGAGUGGGGGCACCACACAGACAGACUUCUCUCGCAGACGGAACUACGUCUGUAGCUUCCCAGGAUGUAAGAAGACCUACUUCAAGAGUUCUCACUUAAAAGCCCAUCUGAGGACCCACACAGGUGAGAAGCCUUUCAGUUGCCACUGGGAGGGUUGUGACAAAAAAUUUGCACGGUCUGAUGAACUUUCUAGACACCGCCGCACGCACACAGGGGAGAAGAAGUUUGUGUGUCCUGUGUGUGAUCGGCGCUUCAUGCGAAGUGACCACUUGACCAAGCAUGCCCGUCGUCACAUGACCACCAAGCGGUCCUCAACAUGGCCCACCGAAGUGCGUGAGCUCAACAAAAUGGCCUCCUCCCAGACGCCAUCUACACAGUCUUCUCUUGCUCUCAGUGUCCUCUUACCUGCCUCAACCUAGGCCAAACCUCAGGCCACUCCGUCACCUCAGGACAAUAUCCCACUGACCAUUUUACAGUGGAAACAGAAAACCAAGGCUGCUACACAUCCAUGUACAAAACAGACUGACCUUGCACUGGAUUUUGUUUUGUUUUCUACCAUGGUCAUUUAUAAGGAAUUAUUGUUUACUUUUGUAUAAGUUAUGUCUCCCAAACUGUAUGCACUUCCUUUGCCAAAGUCUUUGUGUCAGUUCAUAUUACUUAUUCUAAACCGUUGUAUAUUUGUACAUAAAUUAUAACUAUCUAUAUGAAUGUAAUGUGUAUUCAAACAUGCAUUUAUUGACAAUAUAUGAAUAAAUGUCUCUGUAAAGUGAACAGUAUUCCUACCUGUGAUACUACCUAUCUUCCUUUGAAUAUUAUUUAAUAAUGAACAUUUGAAGAUUCAAAUAAACCAUCAUGCUUA